GCCCUAUCCAAGGGGCUAUUCAUUUCUGGGUGUUGCAGUUGAUCGGAAAGUUUGAGUCCCACCCACCUUUGGCUAAAUACACAUUCUGUCGUCGUCUUCUUCCUGAAGAGUUCGUUUCAGGAAGACACGCAGCAGCAACAGCAAGGUAAAAAAUGAGUUACCCAGGAUAUCCUCCUCAGCCUGGUUACCCUCAAGCGGGUGGAUACCCACCCCAGGCUGGGGGUUAUCCACCUCAGCCUGGCGGCUACCCCCCUCAAGCGGGAGGGUAUCCACCUCAGCCUGGCGGCUACCCCCCUCAAGCGGGAGGGUAUCCACCCCAGCCUGGCGCCUACCCUCCACAGCCUGGCGCAUAUCCCUCCAUGCCUCCAUCAGGAGGGUGGGGUGUUCCCUCUAUUGGGCUUGACAAUGUGUCAAACCCUGGAUUUAAUGCUCCCGGCAUGCCAGGAAUGGCCAACCAGAUCUCACCUGCCGGUGGGUAUCCUAACCCACAGCCUGGGGGCUUUGGUGCCCCUCCCCCUAACCAACAGCCCUAUGGCCUGUACCCCCAGCCAGGACAAGGUAUGCCUCAAGGCCCUGGGAUGGGCUACCCAGGUGGACCACCAGCAGGCCAGCCAAUGCCAGGUUAUCCUGGUGUACCAGGCAUGAACCCAUCCGUGCCCGGAUACCCCAAAGCACCAUCGCCAAACCCGUCCAUGCCAGCCUACCCCCAAGUGCCUUCACCUAAUCCGUCCAUGCCAGGCUAUGGAGGAGGCGGUCCUGCUGCUCCUGCCAUCCAUAGAGGAUUCAGGGGGACCAUCCAGGACUUUCCAGGAGCUGAUCCUUUGAAAGAUGUGGAGGUUCUAAGAAAAGCCAUGAAAGGUUUUGGGACCGAUGAGGCUGCCAUUAUUAAUCUACUUGGCAGUCGCUCCAACAGGCAGCGUGUUCCUCUGCUGGUAACAUUCAAGACUGCCUAUGGAAAGGAUCUGAUUAAAGACCUGAAGUCUGAGCUCUCAGGGAACUUUGAGAGGCUUGUGCUGGCCAUGAUGAAGACUCCUGCCCAGUUUGAUGCGUCCGAGCUUCACGAUGCCAUUAAGGGAGCUGGAACUGAUGAGGCCUGCCUUAUCGAGAUUCUGUCCUCUCGAUCCAACGCAGAGAUUCGAGAAAUCAAUCAGGUCUACAAAACAGAGUACAAGAAGAAACUGGAGGAUGCCAUCACUGGCGAUACCUCAGGUCAUUUCCGUAGACUCCUGGUGUCUCUUGCUCAGGGCAACCGUGAUGAAAGUGAAAAUGUGGACAUAUCUCUGGCUAAGCAAGAUGCACAGAGUCUCUAUGCUGCUGGAGAAAACAAGCUGGGCACAGAUGAAUCCAAAUUCAACGCCAUUCUGUGUGCUCGGAGCAAACCUCACCUCAGAGCAGUAUUUCAUGAGUACCAGCAGAUGUGUGGCAGGGACAUUGAGAAGAGCAUCGGCAGAGAGAUGUCUGGUGACCUUGAGAGUGGCAUGGUGGCUGUUGUUAAGUGCAUCAAGAACACACCUGGUUACUUUGCUGAGAGGCUGCACAAGGCUAUGAAGGGCGCUGGGACCAAAGACCGGACUCUGAUUCGCGUCAUGGUGACCCGCUCCGAGGUGGACAUGCAGGAUAUUCGACAGGAGUAUGUGAGGAAUUAUGGGAAGUCUCUCUACAACGCCAUCAGUGGUGACACUUCAGGAGACUACAAGAAACUUUUGUUGAAGCUGUGUGGAGGGAGUGACUAGGUGAAUGGGCAGGCUUUGAUACACGACAGAAGAUAUGACUGCAUUUUAUUUGCUUCAAACAUACAUUUGUACCAUUGUAUUGCAUGUUGCAUUCUGCUGCUUGCAAGCAUCUUUCAGCACAAAAUAUUUACACAUCUCUUACUAUUUUUAUAAACUUUUUUAUUUUUGAAAUAUUUUUCAUAUUGUUUUAAUUUGCCAUUAAUGCAAAUUUGUUUUGAGAUGUUGAGACUCAAAGCCUGAGCAUUUCAGUUACAGUACACAUACAUAUACGUAUAUAUUUAUUUUUAUAUAUGGUGACUAGAGCCUUCCCACAUGCUAUACAACAAUCAAGCACUUCCCUGGUACACAAUCCAUAUAUAUCCAUGUAUAGUGCUACUGAUUAUAAAAUGAUCUUUUCCAUUUAUUGUGCCAAUUUAAGUGCCAAUCUAGUUAAUUUGCUUUAUGUUUAUCUGACUGUGUGAUAUAGUUUACCAUUUAUGAUAUUUACCUGUGUUUAUAGUUCACACUAUCAGCCAUUGUUUUGAACAUGUAUUCCUAAUAUGACAUCUCAUGAAAAAACACACAUCUUUAAAAAUUGCCACAUCAUUUUGUUGGGUGGCUGUGAACAGUCGAAUUCUGUUCUCCAAAGAGGAGCUGGAUGAAAUAUUCAGUAAAUUUAUAAUACACAUAUCGCAACAGCAUGAUUGUUUUAUGCAAAUCAAUUAAAAAAUGAAGAAAAGGAAUGUGCUCCCAUGUAUCGCCCACCCCCAUGUAUGAAUCUCAUAGCUGCAAAGACAUUUUGCUAAAUCAAUGUAUAAACCUCAGUUAAUGAGUGGAACAUUUCGGUAGAACCAGAAAAAAGAAAGCAGCCCAAACAGCUUUGGUUAUUCCAAGCAGCAGCAUGUUUUUAAGCCCUUAAGGAACAUCCGUCUUUUUACUGUAAACGAGACGCUCACCUUUUGAAGUGUUGCCUCAUGGUGACCUCAAAGCAUCGCUCCAGUGAGCUGAGGAUGAGUCACCUGGCCCCUCUCAUCCCACCAUCAUAUCCCCCCCCCCCCCCCCCCCCCCCCCGCUGACCCACUCACCCGCUCUUGUUGCUGGAACUGCUGUAUUACACACAGUAAUUAGAGAGGAUGCUCUGCUUGACAGGGAAUACAACACGUUGACACUGUGGGCUACCUAUACAAGCCCAAGCCAUCUAUAUCGAUGUUUCACUGUUUUCAUUCUGCCAUAUCUUUUUUUUCGCUUUGGGAAUGCAUUCUUAUUUGUGUGUAGCAUGUUUUGUUUAAUUACCAGUAGAGGGCAGUGAUGGCAUAACUUUAGUGAUGUUCAAGCUGUAUGCCAAAUGCAAGAGAAAGAAAUGAAUGAAGUUAUAAUAAAAAAUAUUUGAAACUCAA